GCGAUGAACGGACCUUGCGUGCUCCUCGUCCUGGCCCAGCCUCGCCACGCGCCGCCCCCCCCGCCCCGGGCCCCCACCUUGCCUUGUUUCGCGGCUUCUCCUGCCCUGCGUCGUCACCUGCCUCUCCCCGCGCUAGAUGUGAGCAGUCUGCCCGCCGCCAGCCGCUGCCGUCCCAUCGCCGUGUCGUUCGUGAUCGACUGGAAGGAGGGGCGCUGAGAACCUCCGUGUGUGCCCGAAAGGAACUCCUGUGCGUUCGUCCCUGAGUUGCUUUUCUCCAUUGGCUUAUCCACGUCGACCAUCCUGAAUCUGGCUGAUUUGGCGAGCCUUUCUCUCUGGUGGCGGGCGAGGUAGUAGGAUUUUCGACCAUGGCUGCGGCGGUGGGAGCUGCGCAGCUGGCUCACAGGUCGGGCGUCUCCCUCGCGUCGUCACACACUUGUUCUCAUGCGCUCAGCGAAGCGCAUCUCGGGUUCUCCGAACGGUCCUCCUCGCAUGCUGUAGCCUCGUUUGGAGGAUGUGCGGGAUUGCAGCUCGCUCGCGAGGGGCCGAGCGGCGCUCCCAUCUUGACCCUUCACAACUACAAUUACCGCCGAGUAACCAGCGGUGGAGGUGCCACUGGGGCGGGUGCUUGCAGUGGCAGUAAGUCGAACGGCAGCCGCAGAGAGACCAGCCUGAGGUUGGAUGGCAGCGGCGGGCGCUGGGAGAGGAACGCAACGCUUUCCCCUGCCAAUGUGGUACUGACGGAGGCCGCAGCGGCUGCGGCAGGAUCAAGCGAGCGGUUGAAGAAUGUGCAGGUGUUGCAGCAAGCGUUGGGGAACGAGCACGAGCGGUGGCGGCUGCUGAAGAGAGUAACUUUAGGCGUUGUGGGUGCGGCGGCCGGGCUAGCCACGAGGCUAGUUGUGGUGAAGGGCGGCGGAAGAUCCUUGGGUAUCGCGUUCGCUGAAGUGGAAGACGACGCGGUAUCGGAGUCUGAAGACGAGGAAGACAAAGAUGAAGACGAGGGCGGAGAGGGGGAAGCCAGAGAGGGCGACGAGGGCGCGGAUGCUGGCGGGGCCACUCAGAAGGGCGCCUCCGAUCAGUUCCAGCGCAUUCAGAAAACGAUCCCCUGGGACAAGUUGCAGGAGAGCAAACGGUACUCGGCGGAGGAGGUGGUGCUUGUUGACCUGCUGACCAAGCAAGUUAUUCCCAAGACAGAUGAGUUGUACAAUCACGUGCAGAUCAGGUCUGGCGGGCUUUUCACCAAGGAUGGAGUAAAUGAGGACCUCCAGAGCCUCAUUGACACUGGGCUGUUCGUGAGCGUCGAUGCGGAGGUGCAGGUGGGGUCGCAAGGGGGCCUGCGCGUUCAGUACGGCUACAGGGAGAAGAGGUGGCCGCGCCUGCGCAGCCUGAAGCUCAUGGACGCGCCGCAUUUCCCCAAGGAGCUCAGGAGACAGAUAUGGAAGGAGAUAAAGAACGACAAGGUCUGCACGGUGCGCACUCUGUCGAAGCUGAAGCAGCAGGUUGAGAAGUGGUACCACGACAAAGGGUUUGUUUUCGCCCAGGUGGUCGUUUUCGACGGCAUGGACACAGGCGAGUUGGUUGCGAAGAUUCAGGAAGGGUACAUCUCGAAGGUGAGAAUGGUGUUCACGGAUGCGGUCGGCAACCCGGCUCCGCAGCCGGGCUCGACCAAAUGGCACGUGGUCGAGAGGGAGCUGCCCGAAGGGAUGCAGCGCGGAGAAAUGUAUAACAUCGAGGAUGGCAGGAAAGCGCUGAGGGACGUGUUCAUGCUGCAGUUGUUUGAAAACGUGCAGGUCGUACCGAAGCCGGACGAGAGCGAAGAAGGGUCGGUCGUCGUUGACAUAGUCGUGAAGGAGAGGCAGAUGAAGACGGCGGAGGUGGAAACGGAGUGGAGCAUUGCGCCGGGGGAGAGUGGUCGGCCGGCGCUCGCGAGCAUUCAGCCCGGCGGGAGCGUCUUCUUCGAACACAGGAACAUCGCGGGCGAGAAUCGUUCUAUCUAUGGGAGCGUCAGCACGAGCAACCUAUUUAAUCCGCAGGACGACCUGGGGUUUAAGGUCGAGUACCUGCAUCCUUACGUGUACGGCGACGAUGAUCCGGCGAGAACCACGCUGCGAAUCAGCGGGUUCAACAGUCGCAAGCUGAGCGCGGUUUUUACUGGAGGGCCGAGUUUGGAGGAGGUGCCUGCGGUUUGGGUGGACCGGACGGGGGCGAAGCUGACGCUGACGGAGCAUUACACCAGACAGAGCAGAGUGACGUACGGUAUGGUGAUGGAGGAGGUGACGACGAGGGACGAGUCGAGCGCCAUCUGCACCCACGGAAGCAGGGCCCUUCCGAGCGGAGCCAUGACCGUCGACGGACCACCCACCACGCUGUCGGACACGGGAGUCGAUCGCGUGGCCUUCUUGCAAGCGAAUGUCACUCGCGACAAUACGAAGUUCGUCAACGGGACCCCGGUGGGCGGCAGAGAGAUCUACCAACUGGAUCAGGGGGUUGGGAUUGGCAGCCGCUUCCCGUUCUUCAACAGGCAUCAGAUGACCAUCACGCGGUUCAUCCAGUUGAAGGAAGUGGAGCCGAAUUCCAACGAGCUGCCUCCCGUGGCCGUUCUGCACGGUAGAUAUGGAGGGUGUGUCGGAGAUCUGGCCAGCUACGACGUCUUCACGCUCGGGGGGCCGUACUCUGUGCGCGGGUACAACGUGGGCGAACUGGCCGCGUGCAGGCGCUUCCUUGAGCUCGCGGCUGAGCUGCGAUAUCCAAUCAUGGGAAAGCACGUGUACGGGUUUUACGAGUACGGGACAGAUUUGAAUAGCUCCAAGGAUGUCAGGGGGAACCCGACCGAAUUCUUCCGGAGGGUUGGAAGCGGGGCGUCGUGGGGGUGCGGUGUUAAGCUCGGUGCAGUGCGCGCCGAAUACGCCAGGGAUUGUAAUGCAGGCACAGGAGCACUGUUUGUCAGGUUCGGAGAAAGGUUCUAGUCAUAGUAGUUCAGAGGUUGACCAACUAGGCCGUUCGUUGACUGCUAAAUGGUUGGGUGCGAGUGAUGGGUGGAUGGAUGGAUGGCUUGAUUAACGUGAUUGGUGGUUGGUCGGUAGAGUGUCGGGUUAGCUAUCAAAGGGUUAACUUGGUCGGUUCCUAGGAAGGAGGAGAGUGAAAUGUACACACCCUCUGCAUCAAGCAGGAGCAGCAGCAGCAGCAGCGAGUACUUGCAUUGUCUGGUGUGUUCAUUCUUUUUCCUUACUCGCUUUUGUGUUCGCUUUGAAAACUUUUUACUGUAUUAUUCUGUUUCUUCUCGUUGGCUUUUUCCUUCGAGUUACAGAGAGGAAGCAAGUUGCUCUCCCUCUCUCGCAAUGAAUUCGCACCGGGUUCCUACUUCCAUCUCUCAUUUCUUGUCGUCGAUUGUCACCAAUCAACCAAUCAAUCAAUCAAUCAAUCAAUCAAUCAAUCAACCAAAUCAGUCAAUCAGUGCUCGGCUCGCAGACUUACUUGGCGUCGUACGUCGCUCGAUGAGCAGCAACUUGCUGACCCAUGGCAGGGCGGGGCAUUGCACAGUGGGUAGAUGGGAAAGUCCUUCGCACGGCGACCUUAAUUGCUAAAUAAAUACACCAGCCAUAUGUGCGAGAUCCUGACAUUGGUGCCGACGGCGGGUAUACAUACAUUUGCGUGCUGGCUAUCGUUGGGUAUGAUCACGACUGCAGCGAUGCAAUUGCCUUUUCGCUGGACAUACGGACGCGUAGUGUAUGCAUGCGGUGAUGGAUCUUCGUGCUUCUUUUCUGGCUUCUUGUACUCAGGAGGGAAAGGAGGAUGGGAUACGCAUCGUGGACGGUACGUGUUUUAUUUCGACUUUCUCUAGGGCAUCCAACUUGAGCAUUUUGAUCGUCACUCACUAGGGGACAGUGGGGGGAAACACGUGUGCACGUUAAGCCUUGUAACUAACUCUACCGAGAGCUGAGGAUGCCAAAAUGAGGUUCUGAACGUGGUGAUGAAGAUGGCGGAGAGGAGACUUUGAGAGGGACAAAUUACAAAACAUGGGAUGGUGGUUUGUGAUCCCCUUUCCGAACGGAGCGACGGGAAUAUCGGCCACUGUCCGUCGACGACAGCGGGAGAGCACGAACGGCACGUUGGCGGGAUCUCAAAACAGGAAAGACGAGGGGAGGUUCCGAGCCGAUGCGAUGAGGAUGGCGCUGGCUGUCCAGGUCCUUAGGGUUUCUCUGCUAAGCCGGUAAUCAAACCGUCGUGUUUGGUCGAGUAAUGUGGAUGUGAUGAGGAUGGCGCUCGCGUUCCAGGUCCUUAGGGUUUUCUCUGCUAAGGCUGUAAUCAGUCCGUUGUGGUUGGCUGCUUGUCUUCGCCUGUUUUGGCAUAAACGUUCAGAAGCUGACGCCCAUAUGGAUAACGAAGAAGGCGAGGAGGGGUCUCCGCGAAGAUUACUCGAUGUGGAAGGCAGGAGCACUGCUUCGUUCGAUCGUUGGCUCGUCUAGCCAUUUAAUACUUGCUUGUGAGUGUUGUGUUUCUUCACGUCUUUCACAGUCUCUCGUCCGUCCAGGAUGGAGAAGUGGCCGGCGUGCUCCGUCGCAAUAGAAGGGAUGUGGGGCUGUGCCGUUGAUUAGCUGCGCAUUGCCUUGUCUGGCAGGUCGGGAGAGUGAGGCGUUUAAGAUCGGACAAGAAGGGUCGGGAGAGUGAGGCGCUUAAGAUCGGACAAGAAGGGAACCCGAAUGCACCGUAUCGUUCGUUCUAAAUUGGGCCAGUAGACCAUUGCAUUGCUAGUCUCC